AUGAUGAAGCCCGCGCGGCAUGCCGCCCUGUCACCGCCUCCUAAAAACCGCCUUACCGAAGAUAUCCUCGCACACUUGGGCCCGCGCACAGCUGUGGAUGCGUUGUCCACCGCCACCGGCGCGCUCCGGACAUGUCUGAGCGGGGCUUCCAUGACCGAUCGCGACUUCACCAUGCGCACCGCCGUCACCUCUAAAACAAUCUGGGAAUGGGUGGAUGAGCUGCAGAACUGGCCUUGGCCGUCUGAGGGCGGCCCUGCUGGGUUUGAGAUGCCUAGUGGGAAGCGUAAAAGGCUCUCCAUUCAGAUCCCGACCCCCGGCGAAAACGACAAUGACUACAUGGGUAGUCUGCUUGCCAAAGACGUGGCCAAGUACGAACAGAGGCUGGCUAAAAUCCAAAACGAUCUCAACAACCUGGACAUCGAGGAGAUCAAAUCCCAUGUUCUCAACAACCACAUCCUGCCCUUGUCAAGGCCAGGCACCCCUCUUUCUGAGUUUACCCGAUCCGGGUCGCUGUCGAGCUCCAGCUACAACCGAAUGGAGGACCUGACUGCUGUCAUCACUGCAAUUGUGGUCAAGGCUCUGCCGAAUUUGGCAAAAUUGUCUCGGCUGUUGCAAACAUGGACCUUGCGACUUAGCGUCCUACGUCGCGUCCCUCCUUUGCUCCUCGCCAUUGAGGACGCGGAGGUCGCUGUAGGCUCCGGCUGGAAUGCAAUCUCGCUGCCCGUUACUAAGACGCCGCAGCAGCAGGACGAGCAAUCACCACGUGGGCCAACACUGAUGAAGAGAGACUUUGACGUGAUGAAGCUCAUUCUUGAGAAGAAGGUCGCUCAGCCUGGCCGCAGUCUCGAUUACAUGCUGGAUUCCCUCGAAGGCUUGGCCGACACCCUGCCCGACGAAUGGCUAGAUCGGAUGGAGGCUAUUGAGACAAGCUACGCCGAAUGGGUUGCUGCCUGCGAGAGAAAGAUGAGAGAGACCGAGUGGGCCAAGUCGAUUCAAUCACGGCCUGUACUUCGAUCUCCUUCUCCAAUCAAGAAAUCGGUGGACGCUGAGGAUGCCUCGAAGUCUUUUACACAAAACGAAAGCUUCCUUGUCGACGAGUCGUUCAAUGAUUCCGACAGCUCUUUCGGUAGCGAUGUUGAGAUCGGCCCCAUCCCAUUGAGGCUGCCUCGUCCACAAGCGCCAACCAUCAGAACUGGCGACCCUAGAAAGGUUUCUGGGGUUUCAGAGGCAGGGACUGUGGUUCAGGACCAACCAAAGGAAGAUAGUUUUCUGGAAAUUGAGCCAGAAAACUCCUCUUUUGUCAUCGCCGAGGAUGUUGAAGAGCCGAAGCAACACCGAUCCGAUACAUUUAAUGGCACCGGAGAUGUUGCAUCUCCCUCUACCGGAGAACAACCGCCCACUCCUAGAACUCAACGGCUCCCCGAUCCCAUGGGCCAGCCACCCCAAACCCCAAACCACGGCUCCAAAAUGGACCCCGAGAUGUUUGGAGACUCACCAAGUCUCAUAAUAGGAAACGAAUCACCAGACCUACCGCCACUUCGCCCGGCGGCCAGGCGGCACAGCGAUGUGUCACGAAACUCCACCCUCACAUAUCGAGCUUCAAGCCGUUUUGAUGGCCUGUCCAGCGACCUACCCGAGGUGUCUGCUUCCCCAGACCUCCCUCGCACUCGGAUUCGCGAAGCAGAAUACCUUCAAGCCAGCCCUCCCAGCUCGCCGCCUCUGCCUCGUGCUGACUCGCGGGAAUCGUCCAUGCCACUGUUUGGCAGCCCUCUCAUUGCACCUCGGGCAAACGACGACGACUUCCUCAUUGACAACACCACGAUCGAUGAUUCGUUCACGGACGAUUUCGACGACUCGAUUUCGCUAUCGGAAUUUACAAGCUCCUUUAUUGACCGGCGAGGGAGCGCAGGUGACCAGCAACUUCAACAGCAAAUUAGCCAAAUCAUCUCAACCAUCCCUGCGAAGAUCAAGCUCUCAAAUGAAAUGCCGGCUAUUAACCUGAACCCGCCGGACCUCCAACUACCACGGAUUCGUAAGAGGCCCUCAAUUGAGCCCUUUCGACGAAGCGCCUCGAGCCUUUCCUCCCGAGCAGGCACUCCAUCCUUCACCCUUUCCCCCGCCAAAAAUACGAAACCGCGAAGUCGAGGCAAACAAGAGAUCAAAGUCUACCAUCUCUCUCGGUCGACUGGGGAGGCCCCAAUCAAGCUCUUCAUCCGAUGCGUUGGCGAGCAAGGCGAGCGUGUCAUGGUUCGUGUCGGUGGAGGCUGGGCAGAUCUUGGAGAGUACCUUAAGGAAUACGCCAGUCAUCACAAACGACGAUCUGCCGCCGGUAAGAACACGAAGGUUGAAGUCCAAGAACAACCCCAUGUGCAACCUAGCGGUCGCAGAUCAAACAUGGGAUCGAGCCCGGCCGGACGACCCGCAUCAGCCCUCGAACUUUCGCCAAUGAGUCCUCUCGCCGUUCGUAAGACCAGGCGGAGCGUGGGAGCUUUGAGUAGCGAGUCGCCAAGACUGUUCCCCAAAACCCCCGUGGUGACUGCUCCUGCGGCUGAGGAAGGUCCAUCAUCCGAAGAGUCAAACAGAUCGAGAUCGAGUUCGCGUCUCAGUUGGGGUGAGGAUGACAGCUCCUUCCUGGGAUUAGCCGGUCCCACGGGGAAGAAGGUCGAGAUGAGCGAGGAGAACAAGCAAUGGGUUCAGAGUGUGAAAGAGAAGGUCAGACUUGCUAGUGGGGAGCAUAGGAUCUCGUCUUCGGGCGAGAACAGGUUUGGGGAGUUGGGCAAGGUUGGUGGCACAAAACGGUUAUUUCGAAAGAACGAAGAACGCCGAGAGUCGAGAGGGAACCGAUGA